AUGCUGUUUGCUCAGUCAGGAGCCCACAUCAAAGUUCAAUUUUCUAUUCAAUUGGGUGCUUUCUUCACAAACAAGCGACUGCGCACUCACCACCAGCGCAAACAAAGCUUCGGGAUGGUGCUGUUAGUGCUGCUGUGUGCGGCCUGCCUGGUCAGCUCGUCUCUCGCUGGGAUCAAAGAUCUCACGUCUCACUUUACAAACCAAAACCCCAGAGGCUCAGACGGAGCAGGUCCGCAGAACCUGGGGGACAUUCCACUCGAGUUCCACAGAGACAACACCGUCACUAAUGACCUGGUUUUGGACGGCUUUGAGGACGAGGACUACAUCGAUUUUGACAAAAUCCUUGCAGCAGGAAGUGAUGACUAUGUGGAAGGAGAUGAAAUUGACGAGAUUGCCACACCAGCCCCCGACAUCGACAUCUUUGCCGAAUCCACUGAUCCCAAAAUCCGCAGAGCGAGACUGUUGCGGCUCUUCCAAGGCCGCUCUCGCCUUCAGCGCCUGAACAUCGUCAACGCCAAAUUCGGGUUCAGCCUCUACCGCAGCCUCCGCAACGACCUCAACCAAACCGACAACAUUCUGCUGGCCCCCGCAGGCAUCUCCAUCGCCAUGGGGAUGAUGUCUCUGGGGGCGGGACCCAAAACCCACGCGCAGAUCUACAAAGCCGCGGGGUUCGCCGAGUUUGUGAACGCCAGCCAUCACUACGACAACACCACGGUACACAAGCUCUUCCGGAAGCUGACGCACAGACUGUUCCGCAGAAACUUCGGCUACACGCUGCGCUCGGUCAACGACGUCUACGUGAAGCAGGAGGUCAAGGUCAACGAGGAUUUCCGCGCAGAGACGAAGGCGUACUACUUUGCGGAGCCGCAGUCGGUGAACUUCAGGGAUCCGAGUUUUCUGGAGAAGGCAAAUCGCAGGAUCCAAAAGAUGACCAAAGGACUCAUCCAGGAACCGCUUAAAAAUGUAGAUCCAGACAUGGUCCUGAUGCUGCUCAACUACUUGUACUUUAAAGGCACAUGGGAGCAGAAAUUCCCCAAAGAAACGACUUACUAUCGCAACUUCCGCGUGAAUGAAAAGACGAACGUCCGUGUGCCGAUGAUGACGAACAAAGGGAACUACAUGGCUGCGACUGACCACGAGCUGGACUGUGACGUUCUACAGCUCCCGUACACAGGAAACAUCAGCAUGCUAAUCGCACUACCACGAAAGAUCACAGGCAUGAGGAGCCUGGAGCAGGAGAUUUCCCCAACGGUUGUCUACAAGUGGCUCAAAAACAUGACGAACAGGACACGAGAAAUUGUGCUUCCUCGGUUUAAACUGGAGCAGAGCUAUGACCUGAUCCCAAACCUGAAGGAGCUGGGCCUCACUGAGCUGUUUGAACAAAGUGCAGAUUUCAGUGGAAUGACGUCCGAAAAGAUCUUCAUGAACUGGCUGAAGCAUCAGGGCACGAUCACGGUGAACGAGGAGGGCACGGAGGCGGCGGCUCUGACCCAGGUGGGCUUCAUGCCGCUGUCGUCUCAGAGCAGGUUCACGGUGGAUCAUCCCUUCCUCUUCCUGAUCUACGAGCACCGGACGGACUGCCUCGUGUUCAUGGGCCGAGUGUCCAACCCCUCGCAGAUAUAA